AUGAAAAAGGGCACUCUUUUCGAAUGGGACCAAGCUUGUAGUAAUGCCUUUGAGAGCAUCAAGUCUUACUUGACAAAACUACCAGUUUUAGCAGCUCCUGUUCUUGGAAAGCCAUUGAUACUUUACAUAUUAGCUCAAGAAAGAUCAGUGGGAGCACUCUUAGCCCAAGAGAAUGGCAAAGGGACAGAAAAUUCCCUUUACUACUUAAGUAGGAUGAUGACACCAAAUGAGUUGAAGUACUCGCCAAUCGAAAAGCUAUGUUUGGCCUUUGUCUUCUCAAUUCAGAAGAUGAAACACUACUUUCAAGCUCACGUCGUUCGUCUUAUUUCUAAAUCCAACCCCAUCAAAUUUGUGAUGUCGAAACUUGUCCUCAAUGAUCGACUAGAAAGAUGGUAUCUCCAGUUUCAACAAUUUGAAAUUGUGUAUGUUCCUCAAAAGGCUGUGAAAGGGCAAGCAUUGGCAGACUUCUUAGCAGACCACCCGAUACCUGAUGAUUGGGACCCCACCAAUGAAUUACCUGAUGAAGAUGCAAUGGUUGUUGAAGUUCAACCGCCUUGGAAGAUGUAUUUUGAUGGGGCCUCACAUCGCAAAGGAGCUGGCGUUGGGGUGAUAUUUGUCACUUCUCGAGAGGAGAUCUUGCUAUGGCUUGAAGAUGUAACUCUUCAACAUGUUCUAAGGAAGAGGAAUAAGAAAGAUGAUGCUUUAGCCGUUUUGGCUUCAACUUUAACUCUGCCUGAUCAAGCGCAAAUCACUAUCUACCAAAAAUGGAUAGUACCACCGGAUGUGGAUGAAAAAAGCAAAUUUGAACAUCUUGUAGCUAUCUCACAAGCUAAGAUAGUCGAUUGGAGACAUGAUCUGAUCGAUUACUUGUUUUACAAUAUACUUCCAGAAGAUCCAAAGAGAAAGACCGAAAUUCGUCGUCGUGCUCCUAGGGAGUCCUCUUGCGUUGUUUGGGGGAAGAAGAAGCGAUUCAAGCUAAGCAAGAAGCACAUUCUGGAGUUUGUGGAUCACAUCAAUCUGGGCCCAAGGCUAGACGUGAUUGGACCACUACCUAAAUCUUCUGGUGGUCACUUGUACAUCUCGACUGCGGCAAAUUACUUUUCAAAAUGGGCUGAGGUUGUAGCCCUCAAAGAAGUAAAGAAGGAAAAUGUUGCAAACUUCAUCAGGGUGAACAUCAUCUAUCGUUUUGGCAUUCCUAGUUAUAUACUAACAGAUAAUGGAAAUUCAUUCACCAAUAAAUUGAUGGAUAAGAUCUGCAACCUUUUUGGCUUCAAGCAACGUAAUUCAUCAAUGUAUUACACUUCUGCAAAUGGACUAGCGGAAGCCUUUAACAAGACCUUGUGCAACUUGUUAAAGAAGGUCGUCUCCAAAUCUAAAAGGGAUUGGCAUGAUAGUAUGGAAGAAGUUCUUUGGGCAUACCGGAUGACUCAUCGCACGCCGACUCAAGCAACUCUUUAUUCUCUUGUUUUUGGAACUGAAGCAGUCUUUCCACUUGAACGACAAAUACCGUUAUUGAGGCUUGCCAUCCAAGAGGGACUUACUGAAGAAGAAAAUGUUUGUCUGUGUCUUGAAGAGUUAGAAUCUCUCAAUGAUAAAAGGUUGGAAGCUCAACAAAGUCUUGAGUGCUAUCAAGCUCGUCUUUCUCGUGCUUUCAAUAAAAAGGUUCGCCUAAGGUCUUUCCAAGUCGGUGAUCAAGUCCUUGCGGUAAGAAGACCAAUUAUCAUAUCUCAUAAAUCGAAAAGCAAGUUCACAUCAAAAUGGGAUGGACCAUAUGCCAUUCAAGAAGUCUAUUCAAGCGGAGCUUACAAAAUUGUGGAUGCAGACGGCUUGCGGAUUGGUCCCAUCAAUGAAAGAUUCUUGAAGAAGUACUAUCCUUGA